GUAAUUCGCCAGACACCUUGCAGACCAAGACGGCGAGGACUCACGACUCAGGUGCGUGGACAAGGAUGGUCGUCAGGAGAAGACCAACUUGUCUUAGCUUCUUUCUGACCAACUUGUCUUAGCUUCUUUCUGACCAACUUGUCUUAGCUUCUGACCGACUGGAGUCCCGCGUCCACCGCAGCGAGCAUGAAGAAGCAACAGAGUCCCAGCAAGCGGCAGAAAGACUUGCCCCCGGCGGCGUGUUUGGGCGGCGGCGGCGAGGUGAGCGUCCAGCAACUCAAUCAGCUUCUGUCUCACGGCAGCGGCGUCUACAGCCUCCCCAAGCAGCACUGCAACCACGUCUUCCCCAACAUCUACGUCGGAAACGCGUUCGUGGCCCAGAAUGCAAUGCGUCUGCAGAAACUGGGCGUGACCCACGUGCUGAACAUGGCGGAGGGCACCUCCUUCAUGCACGUCAACACCAGCGCCGACUUCUACGCCGGCACCGGCAUCGAGUACCACGGCAUCAAGGCCAACGACACGGAGCACUUUGACCUCAGUGCCUUCUUUGAGGAGGGGGCCGACUUCAUCGACAAGGCGCUCGCACACAACAACGGCAAAGGCAAGGUGUACGUGCACUGCAGAGAAGGCUACAGCCGCUCGCCCACCAUGGUGGUGGCUUACCUCAUGCUGCGCCACAGGAUGGACGUCCGGCAGGCGGUGGCCACCGUGCGACUGAAGCGGGAGAUCGGCCCCAACGACGGCUUCCUGCGCCUGCUGUGCCAACUCAACCAGAAGCUGGCCAAGGAGGGCCGGCUGGACGGCGAGAGCCAAACUACUUCAAGCAUUCCGUCUCGUUGAGAAGUUAAGGUUCCCAGCACAAUCAUUCCCAGAGACGCCACUGCCGCCAGUGACCAGAGGAAUCCCAAAAGUCCAAAUCCACGCCACUCAAUCAACUUUUCUUGGCUCGCUGGCACACGCCAUCUCGCCACCCCAGGAGGUCCACAAGGUCGACUUUACAAAUCUCCACUACAGGUCAGGGGUGUCCAAACUUUUUCCACUCAACAAUGAAAGUAUUUUGGGCCAUUUUGUUCUUUUCAUUUUCAAACCCAAUGCAAUAUAUUGAGUUUAUAGCCCGACCACUCAUGAAAAUGUUCAAAAUGAUUAAUUAUUUACAUUUUUAUUAUUAUUUAACGCUAACAUCUCGAGAUCAACUUUAAUUUUAACUUCAGAUCUGUAUGUCAAUAUAAAGUUAAAAAAACAUACUCAUAUGUUUGAUGCCCUUUUUGUCAAUAUAAACCCAGUUUGGUUCUAGCAAAAACACAAUGUGCAAUAUUUUCACCCAAAAAGUGGAAUAUUUGAUGUGAAUUAAACAGGUCAAUCAUUCAAAAAACAUAAAAACAGAUCCCCGGUCAUAAAAGUGUAAAAAAAAUAAAAUAAAAAGUUAUGCAUUUUUUUUCUUUCAGCUCUUAAAGCCCCACUUUACAACUUUCACUUUUCUGUCCAUUAGAACCAGUUAUACAGAUGUCUGUCCAUUAGAACCAGUAUUCAGCAUUCAGAUGUCUGUCCAUUAGAACAGUUAUUAUUCUUCAGGCUUGAGCAGCAGAGACAUUAUUUAUUGUUGUUAUUAUUUGGAUGCCUUUUUGAAGCCGUCAACAUCCAUGAAACUCUUAUCAGUGUCGAUGUAAAUGUUUAUAAUUUGGGGGGGCUGAAGAUGACAUUUCAAAAUUGGCUCUAAUAUUUUUCUUUGUUUUAUGCUCUUUUUUUUUUUUUUUUUAAAUGAACAUUUGUUUUGAAAUGGCAAACACACAAAAUAUGCACCAUUUUCCUCCAAAACUAAUUGCUGAGAAUGCCUGAAUAGGCCAAUGUAACUGAUAGUAUUUGUGUAAAAGUUUGGAGGCCCCUGCAAAGGUGAAAUAGUGCACCUGUAGUGAGGUGUACAAGUUCAAGCAGAAGGCAUCUCCCAGUCAAUAAGUCCACUGCCAGCUGUCUCCAUCCAGUACCAGAACCUCCUCGUGAAACAUGGCAGUAUACUCCAGCACAUAUAGUCACUAUUUAUUCUCUCUCUAUAUAUGAGUAUAUUCAUAUUUACUGUUGACAUAUGAAUGUAUGAGCAAAGUGUCUGUAACGUGUCGUCCGUGUGUCUUCUAUCCUGCCAGCAUCACAUGACUUAUAUGUGAUGUGCAUGUCUGUCAUGGUCACUCAGACACGUGUGCGUUGACGUCCAGGCACAGGUGGCAGGCGCUCUGCCUUGUUGCUAGGGGGCGCUCUCACAUCCUCGCCUUCUUUGCUAGACAGCCAGCUAAAUGUGUUGCAGCGCUUCAGACCCGACUAAUGGCUGCCAGAUGUGGGGAGGUCAAGUGGAGCUGCAGGGAGAAUACUAGCAUGUUGGGGUGGGGGCGUCCUUUGGCCAACCCCUGUUGUUUGUUGGAACACACUCAUGGUGACCCAGAGACCACACAAAGUUAGGAGGACUAUCAUCAACAAUACUUCAUGUGAACACAGUGGUACCUCGCUUCUUCUCCACUCCCAAAAACAAAGUUAGGAGGACUAUCAUCAACAAUACUUCAUGUGAACACAGUGGUACCUCGCUUCUUCUCCACUCCCAAAAACAAAGUUAGGAGGACUAUCAUCAACAAUACUUCAUGUGAACACAGUGGUACCUCGCUUCUUCUCCGCUCCCAAAAACAAAGUUAGGAGGACUAUCAUCAACAA